CCCCAAAGAAACAGAAGAAGAAGUUGUUGUUUAAAGAUGGCGCUACACGGUGCCUUACUCGUGAGGCUAAAAGAGCUUUGCAAAGUGGCCAAAUGUGCUCAUACAGCAGGAAAAACGGCAUUUAACUGGAGCGGAGAAAUGCGGUGGUAUGGGACAAAAGCGCAGAAGUUUCACGAGCGCAGCGCCUCAUGUUUCAACAGUAAACGAGAUCUUCUGGAGGAGUUUCCAGAUCCUAAAAACCUCCUCAACAACACCAUUUCCCGGUCACUAGGAGUGAAUGAUCUGUCCCAGCUCAUCCAGUACACCUGUACAGAACAUGAUGGUGUCAAGAAGGCCACUGUCACGCUGCUGUGGCCCAACAAGAUUAGAGAAGAGGGUUAUGCUUCCAAGAAAAUUGAUGCAGAGCGAUUUGCGGCGGCUGCAGCCUGCCUCAGACUCAGGGAAUUGGGUGUGAUUGGUCCUAACAAUCAGCUCCCAAAGAGGAGAGCUGGCCGGGUGAGAGGAGGGCUACAUUCCCAUCUUUAUGAUCCUGAAGAGGACUGUCUGACAAACGCUCCCACCUCCAGAGCUGAUGAAUUGUUGCCUCCGGUGGAAGAUGCCUCCUAUGUCUCUGAAGCUCUUUCUCUGUUUCCACAACCUAAAUCUCUUCUGACCAGAGUGAUCCAGGUGGCCACUUCAACCAGCAGAGUCAGGGAGAUGAUGCAUUUCAGAACAGCAGGUGGAAAACUAAAAAAGUGCGAGCUGACUCUACUUUGGCCGGAGAACAUGAUGUUCAGAGCGACGGCGGGCAGCCGAGUGAUGGCAGAGAAAAAGGCUGCAGCACUUGCCUGCAUGAAGCUGAAGGAGCUUGCUCUUCUAGAUAAAGACAACAAUCCACUUACUCAUGCAAAGUAUCAUCGAGAAAAGGUAAAGGAGGCUGGCGAGAGAGAGAGACGUCCAUUCCCACUAGAGAUUCCAGAAUAUUUGGAGCAACGCAUGAGGGACUACCUAACACGGUACCCGGUUGCAACAGAAGUACAGCAACUAUGGGAGGAGGAAGAGGCAAGAGGACAACAGACGGUGAACGAGGAGGAAGAGGAUGAAGAAGACUAUGUUGCGGACGCCAUCACCGGCAGGCCAUACAGGCCGAUGUCCGAACAUCAAGCUCAGUGCCUCAGUCGCCACCUACAGGAGGCAUGGGAAAGGGCAAACCCUGGACUCAGCGUGGAGCUGCCCGUCGACGCUCACCGACAGCGUGUGGUCUCAGCCGUGCGCUCCUCCAGGGCGGUUGUGAUCGCCGGCGAGACGGGAUGUGGCAAGACGACGCGGAUCCCGCGCUUCCUGCUGGAGGAACAAGUGAGAGACGGGGAGGGCGCAGACUGCAACGUCCUCGUCACACAGCCUCGUCGGAUCAGUGCCGUGUCUGUAGCUCAUCGAGUCGCUCACGAGAUGGGGCCACGUCUGAAACACCAUGUCGGAUAUCAGGUGAGACUUGAGAGCCGCCCUCCUGAGAACAGCGGGGGGUCCAUGCUCUUCCUCACUGUGGGCGUCCUACUGAAGAAGCUGCAGUCCAACCCAACCCUGACAGGAAUCAGUCAUGUCGUCGUGGACGAGGUCCACGAGCGAGAUGUAAACACAGACCUGCUGCUGGCGUUGCUGCGCUCGAGCUUGGACGAGAACCCCGACUUGCGAGUUGUUCUCAUGAGCGCCACCGGGGACAACCAGAGGCUGGCGGAGUACUUCGGAGGCUGCCCUAUCGUAAAGGUCCCGGGGUUCAUGCACCCUGUGAAGGACAGAUACCUGGAGGAUGUGAUGCAGGAGAUGGGACGCUCGGCUAAGUUCCAAAACAGGGUGGAGUUAAGCAAGGGGUCGGACGAGGCCGCACCAGAUCUGGACUUAGUAGCUGACGUAAUUGAGCACAUCGACAGACAUGGAGAGCCAGGUGCGGUGCUGUGUUUCCUCCCUGGGUGGCAGGACAUCAAGAUAGUUCAACAAAAACUGGAGGAGAAACCACACUUUUCACCAGGCUCACAAAUGAUCGUGCCAUUGCACUCAAGCUUAUCAGUAGCUGACCAGCAGGUGGUGUUCCAGCGCCCCCAAGCCGGACAGAGGAAGAUUGUACUCACCACCAACAUAGCGGAAACCUCCAUUACAAUAGACGAUAUAGUUCAUGUGGUGGAUACAGGAACUCAUAAGGAACAGAAUUAUGACCAGCGGACAAAGGUUUCUUGUCUGGACACAGUUUGGAUAUCUCGCUCUAACGUCACACAAAGAAAAGGGAGAGCAGGACGUUGUCAGCCGGGGCAGGCGUACCACCUGUUCCCAAGGAAACAGCUGGAGACCAUGACACCCUUUCCUGUUCCUGAAAUCCUGCGCACACCACUGGAGAGUUUAGUAUUGCAGGCUAAAAUCCACAGUCCGAACUGCAAGGUACUUUAG